AUGGGUGCCAAGAUCAAGAUCGGAAUCAACGGAUUCGGAAGAAUCGGACGUUUGGUUGCCAGAGUUGCUUUGAAGAGAGAUGAUGUUGAACUCGUUGCAGUUAACGAUCCUUUCAUCACCACUGAUUACAUGACAUACAUGUUUAAGUAUGACAGUGUUCACGGUCAGUGGAAGAACGACGAACUCACUGUUAAGGACUCUAACACUCUUCUCUUCGGUACCAAGCCAGUUACUGUCUUUGCACACAGGAACCCGGAAGAGAUCCCAUGGGCCAGCACUGGUGCUGAUAUCAUUGUUGAGUCUACUGGUGUUUUUACUGAUAAGGACAAGGCUGCUGCUCAUUUGAAGGGGGGUGCCAAGAAGGUCAUCAUUUCUGCUCCCAGUAAAGAUGCUCCCAUGUUUGUUGUCGGUGUUAACGAGAAUGAAUACAAGCCAGAGUAUGACAUUAUUUCCAAUGCUAGUUGCACCACCAACUGCCUUGCCCCACUUGCAAAGGUUAUUAAUGACAGGUUUGGCAUUGUUGAGGGUCUUAUGACCACUGUCCAUUCCAUCACUGCCACCCAGAAGACUGUUGAUGGACCAUCAAGCAAAGAUUGGAGAGGUGGAAGAGCUGCUUCAUUUAACAUCAUUCCCAGCAGUACUGGAGCUGCUAAGGCUGUCGGCAAAGUGCUUCCUGCUUUGAAUGGAAAGUUGACUGGUAUGUCAUUCCGUGUCCCAACUGUGGAUGUCUCAGUUGUUGACCUUACAGUGAGGCUUGAGAAGGCUGCCACCUAUGAUGAAAUCAAAGCUGCUAUCAAGGAGGAGUCUGAGGGCAAGUUGAAAGGAAUCCUUGGUUACACUGAAGACGAUGUGGUCUCCACUGACUUUAUUGGUGACACCAGGUCAAGUAUCUUUGAUGCCAAGGCAGGAAUUGCCUUAAAUGACAAGUUUGUUAAGCUUGUCUCAUGGUAUGACAAUGAGUUGGGUUACAGUACCCGUGUGGUUGACCUCAUUGUUCACAUUGCUAAACAACUUUAA